GCAGCGGCCCCGUCCCUCCUCCAUGUGGGAGGCUGCGCUGCCGCUAGGAGCAGGUGGGAUCCGCUCUGUGUCGCUGCGCUGAGUCCGCGCUCACUUCCUACACACUUCCUGCGGGAGAGGAUCGCUCCGGAGCCGGCAGCAGCAGAGCCAUGGCAGCGGGCAGCAGCCUGUAGAUCUCCGCGGAUUACUGCGCCCUCCGGAGAAGCCCGAGGAGGACUUAAAUAGCAGCUGAUGCGAGAGCUCCUGAUCCCCGGGAGAGCACACACAGUCCGCCCGCUUGUGAGAGGAGCUGCCCGGCACCAUGGGAGAACAACCCAUCUUCACCACGAGAGCACAUGUCUUCCAAAUAGAUCCCAGCACCAAGAAAAACUGGGUCCCUGCAAGCAAACAAGCCGUAACCGUCUCCUACUUUUAUGACAGCACAAGGAACAGCUACCGAAUCAUCAGCGUUGAUGGGACCAAGGUAAUUAUAAACAGCACAAUCACACCCAAUAUGACGUUCACAAAAACCUCUCAGAAAUUUGGCCAGUGGGCUGACAGCAGAGCAAAUACAGUUUUUGGUCUAGGAUUUGGAUCUGAGCAGCACUUGUCCAAGUUUGCAGACAAAUUUCAGGAAGUUAAAGAAGCUGCAAAACUGGCCCGAGAACGAUCGCAAGAAAAAAUGGAAACUUCUAGCAAUCAUUCCCAAGAAUCGGGUCGGGAAACUCCAUCUACUCGAGCAUCCAGUGUGAACGGGACAGACGAUGAAAAGGCUUGCCAUGGCACCCCUCCUGACUCCGAGCUGAAGACUGAAAAUGAUAAACUGAAAACUGCCCUAGCACAAAGCACCUCCAACGUAAAAAAGUGGGAAACCGAACUAGAAACCCUGAGAGAAAGUAAUGCCCGGCUGUCCUUGGCCCUGCAAGAGUCCAUCGCAAGUGUAGAACAUUGGAAGCAACAAUUUCUAGCAUGUAAAGAUGAGAAUGACCAACUCAGGAACAAGAUUGGAGAGCUGGAAGCACAAUGUGAUGAGAUAGACAAGGAGCGAGAGAGGAAUGAAGAGCUCAGUAAAAGACUGCAAGAGCUGGAAGCUGAAAUUCAGGACAAGGAAGCUGAACUUGAAGACCUCAGGAAACAAAGUGAAGUCAUCCCACAGCUAAUGAUAGAAUGUGAAGCAGUGACGGAAAAGCUCCAGGAUGCUGAGCAGAGAAACCUAGACCUAGAAGAUAAAGUGAGAACACUAAGAAAAGAAGUGGAAGAAAGCAAACAUAGACAAGGCCACUUGAAACUGGAACUCAAACACUUCCUGAAUAUACUAGAUGGGAAGAUUGACGAUCUGCAUGAAUUCCGUCAAGAACUUUCUAAACUUGAAAUGGAUAGUUAGAGUGUGUUGGAUUGUUUUCUUUUUUAUACACCCAAGAUCUGUACUCAGCAACAGCAGGAGGCUGAGGGCUGGAGGAUGCUGUGUUACUUCUGUCUUAUUUGGAUGGCUGGUAUCCGUUUUCCCAUUUGGCAACCAGUAGUGGCCUAAACCUUUGAAGCCAUUUUUUACUGUUUCUACAAAACAGGAGCCAUCCAAGUUUUACAAUACAGCACUCCAAAAUUGUAAGAAAGACCAGAUAAGAAUCAUUACAGUAACAACGUCCAUAAUCAUUUGAUCCAGAAACAAUGGAUGGCCUUAAAAAGAUUUGAAGGCCGGGAGUAGCACCAGUAUACCGCCUCUUCUGUCCUCCGCUCCCGCUCCUUACAAAAAUGUUGAAAUUGCAAUAAGAAAAAGCACAUAAAGAACACUAGACCUGUAUCGCAGGCAGCACUGCAGUAGUUGCAAUAAAUCUAAUAAGAUGAUGGCUAUGGCAGAGUUAAAUGCCUCUCGCACUCACCGAUGGUCAGGUCUUGGAUAAAAAAGAACAAAUGUACUUACGACAGGGUAACUGCCACCGUUCACUUCUUGGAAUGAAAGUAUGCCAAUAGGCUAUAGAUAAAUAUAUAGAGGUCACUAUUGAGGAUAUUACACGGAAAUGAAUGGCUAGAAGGCAAACUUGCCAUUAUAUAUAACUUUACAUUGGUUUUGGUUAUUUAUAGAGUGCAUUUAUCAUGUCAUUAUCAUACAUUGGUUUAGUAAGGGAUGUAUUUUUUCAAAGGAAAUAAUAAUCUCUAGGAGUCUAUUUUCAUAGUGUGAACCUUUCACCUAUACAUCUCAAGUAUGGGUUGAACUGAAAUUCAUGAGAGAAAGCCAGAGACAGAGACCCAGCACCUUGUGAAGGAAAGCUAGACACAUGGAUAUUAAUUAUUUGAUAUAGAAAAUAUUUCUGGAACCUGGUUCUUCCCAUAUGGAUGUUUCCACUAUAUAUUUGAUAGUUUUAUAGGCCUCUUCUGAGGAAAACAAGAACAAAUCACUACUUUGCACAAGACACACACAAUGCACAGUAUGCUCUUCCACUUGAUUUGAUCUUGGUACUUUUUAACGUUUUCAAAAGUUGGGCCCAAACUCAUCAGAUUUCUCAACGGUGUUCCAGAGACUCUUUAUCCCAGUUAUGUAGCUGGCAUUAUGGGACCGCCAUGUUAAUGCCUUAUACAUGGAACACGAGUCUGAAAUGUUGUAUCAUUUCCUUUUAUUCCAUAAUAAAGGGUGUUAUGUUGUG